UAUAGUCCUGCAUUUAACUCCAUGCUAAUUUGAAGAUUCAUACCUACACACAAUCUCCAAAUUCUAUUUAUUAAGAAGAGCAACAGCAUGCAUGCAAUACCUAUAGUAUGAUUCCACAUCUCCAUCCAUCAGUACUGGUUGGACCGGCGGACAAGAGCUAUUCCCAAUAGACAUGACAAAAGAAAAAAAACAAAACUUGGAAUUUAAAAAAAAAAUCUAUCCACCUGUUCAAGUGGUGGAUAGAUAUGUCUCUAGAGCUAUACAUACCUAUGCACACCCAAAAAAAACUAUUGUCCGUUUAUAGUCUAUAGACUAAUAGGACCAGCUUCUUAAUUCCUUUUUUUUUUUCAGAGUUUGAUCACUUUUCUAAAUUGAUUUUUUUUCAAACACGUUCAUAUCUCGGGGCCACAUUAUAAUAAUGCCCAAUGUAUUUUUGGAUCCUGGGCUGUACUGCGGGAUACCGGGCCAUUAUCAUUCUUAAUCGCCACAAAACGAACGGCGUCGUUACCAUUACAAAAAUGGAAAAUCCACCUAAAGCUUUAAUUGCCGUUAAUUUAAGACAUUAGCCAGUUACCAGUUCGUGGAAUAGGUUCUUGUUUCCGUGUCUCUGAAAAUGCUGUCUUCGCUUUUUACGAUGUCGUCCGCCAUUUCCCGCCUAAAUCUCCGGCCCAAGUCACCCUCACUACACUGCGUUUUAUCAUCUUUCAAAACCCCAAAAUCCAACUACCAAAUAAUAAAAGCCAAUCGCUCUCCUCGCAUUUCUUCAUUAUCUGCCCAUUAUUCCUCCUCCCAUAUUACAAGUGUGUCCUCUAAAGAUGAUUUGGUUGUUCUAGGCAUCGAAACUAGCUGCGAUGACACCGCCGCCGCUGUUGUGAGAGCCAAUGGUGAAAUUCUAAGUCAGGUGGUAUCUUCUCAGGCAGACUUGCUUGCUCGAUAUGGAGGUGUUGCUCCUAAAAUGGCUGAAGAAGCACAUUCACAAGUGAUUGAUCAGGUUGUACAGGAAGCCCUUGAUAAGGCUAAUUUAACAGCAACUGAUCUUUCCGCAGUUGCUGUUACCAUUGGUCCUGGUUUGAGUCUUUGUCUUCGCGUUGGUGUGCGGAAAGCUCGUAAACUUGCUGGCAGUUUCAAUCUACCAAUGGUUGGUAUUCAUCACAUGGAAGCUCAUGCUUUAGUCGCCAGGUUGGUUGAACAAGAGCUGCACUUUCCUUUUAUUGCCCUGCUUAUUUCUGGAGGACACAAUCUACUUGUUCUAGCUCGUGAUCUUGGCCAUUACAUACAAUUGGGGACCACGAUAGACGAUGCAAUUGGUGAAGCAUAUGAUAAGACAGCCAAAUGGCUUGGUCUUGAUAUGAGGAAGAGUGGUGGGCCAGCGAUUGAGGAACUUGCUCGAGAGGGUGAUGCAGAAUCAAUUAAGUUUUCAACUCCAAUGCAACAACAUAAAGACUGCAAUUUCUCAUAUGCUGGUCUGAAGACUCAAGUGAGGCUGGCAAUUGAAUCCAGAAAUAUCAAUGCUGAAAUUCCCAUAUCCCUUGCAAGCAGCCAUGAUAGAAGCUCCAGAGCUGACAUUGCCGCAUCUUUUCAGCGAGUUGCAGUGCUACAUUUAGAGGAGAGAUGUGAACGGGCAAUUGAAUGGGCCAGGAGAAUUGAGCCUUCUAUAAAAUACCUGGUGGUCUCUGGAGGUGUUGCAUCAAAUCAAUAUGUCCGCGCUAGGCUUGAUCAGGUUGUGAAGAAGAAGAAUCUGAAACUUGUCUGCCCUCCUUCUAGUCUUUGUACCGAUAACGGUGUUAUGGUGGCUUGGACCGGAAUCGAACACUUUCGUAUUGGAAGAUUUGAUCCUCCACCACCUGCAGAUGAACCUGAAGAUAUUAUGUAUGAUCUGAGACCAAGGUGGCCGUUAGGAGAGGAGUACGCUGAAGGAAGAAGCAAAGCUCGUUCUCUAAAAACAGCUCGGAUUCAUCCAUCACUUACAUCUAUAAUUCAGGCAUCGCUCCAGCAGCCAUGAAUAUCUGCAUUUCCAAAGUCAUGUGUUCCCCUUUACCGCUUCGCCAGUUGAGCAACAUUUUUGGACUGAUGCGCAAGUACCCAAAUGGUUGACCACGUUGACCUGACCCGAGUCUGAAGAGCAGACAUACAGAGAGAUCUUUUGCAGGCCUGUAUUAUUAUUCAGCCCAAGAUAAUGGUUUGAGAGGCAUGUUGUGGAAAAACUAAUCAGUGAACGCAUCACAUGAAAUAUCUGCCCAAAGAGCAGCUGUUGAGAACUGGAUCUUGAUCUUAGCUUCAGACAUUGUAGCUCGUUGUUUGCAUGGCUGUCCUUGUAAUUAGGCCUGGUUUGUUUUGUUGUGUACAGAACUGAACUUUGUUGUAAUCAGCAAAUCUCCUUUCGCAAGUGCGUAACAGACGGUGCCUAAAUACGCUCAGUAUAAUCUAGUAAAAUAAUUGAACUUUAA